UAUGUGGAUAGUAUAGCUUACCAAAGUCUUUUGAGCAUGGCUGUGCUUGCACACUGUUGGUUCAUAAUCGAAUACUGCUUGAUCCCAGAUGGAUUUAUGAAAUGGUUUUUCCUAAGCUUCUAUAUUAAUCCUUUCUUUCUUUUCUUUUUUCAAAUUUUCUUAUGGAUCAAAACCCUAAAAAGAUGGAUUUUUCUCAUCUUUCUCCUCAACCGCCACUUAUUUACGCGUGUUCUUGGAGUAUUAACACGUUUCUUGAUCAUACCACGCUCGUCUUCUGGGUUCAGUAACAUUAUCACUGAACCAGAAGAUGAGGACCAGUGGUAUGAAGUUACUGAUUCUUUUGGCGCUUCUGGGAUCUUGUUUUUACGCUACGAAAGUUCACUUGAAAGUCCUAUGGUAACCGUUUAUGACGUUCACUUCGAGUUAGUUGACCAAGAAACAGUGUCAGUAUACUCAAGUUCGUAUCUUGAUGACGAAAUCACAAGUUUUUCGGGUGAGAGUUCACCGAUCAGUUCUUACUCUUUUCCUAGCUAUAUGGACGUAGAGAUAACCACAAGCACCCCAUCAUCAACAUGCACUUUACUAGAAGAUGAUCAGGAGGCUGCUAACAAUGAUGGAGUCAAUGAUGGAACCAAGGAUGAGCUAAAAGAUUUGCUGACUCCGUUAUUAGUAGUUAAACCUGAUGAAGAAGAAAAGGAUUUGUUCUACAAUUUGUACACUGAAAGAAUGAGGUGGUUUGAUCUUCUCAACCAAGAACGAACAUGUGGACUAAAUGAAUUUCUAACAAAGAAACAAUACAUGGGUGAUGAAAAAAGAAUUAUAAAGAGCUUGGAAAGUGACUUUGAGAUGGUGUAUGUAGCUCAAGCAUGUUUAUCAUGGGAAGCACUUUAUUAUGAAUACAGAAAGCUUGACAGUAUCAUAACUACUUCUUGUGAUCAUAGUUCUUAUACAUCUCCCUCCAUAGUAAAUAAAUUCCAAAGGUUUCAAAUUCUGCUUGAGAGGUUUAUGGAGGAUGAAAGAACUGAAAAGGGUAAAAGAUAUUGGAAUUUCAUACAAAAAAGGUCUUCUCUAAACAGCCUACUUCAAGUUCCUCAUAUUUCAGAAAAUGUAGACGUUUACGAAGAAGGAAAGAACAAAGGACUGACGAUCAGGGCGACUGACUUGUUGAAGACGAUAGAGAAAUGCAUGAAGAUUUUCAAGUCGUUUAUUGAGUUAGACGAGAAGAAACCAUGGUGGAGAGCCCGUAGUCGCCUUUCAUGGAAUCGUUCGCCAUUAGAAGACCCACGAGAUCUCAACCUUCUGCAUAAUCUUACACGUACACUUCGACAGAAAGAACUGUGGAUGAAAGAUCUGUAUGGGAAGCAGCGAUGCUGGUUGAGAAAAAGAGUGAAAAUAAUGGCAGAUAUCGAGAAGAAAGAGAUGAUGUUCGCCAUGAUCGAGUUGAAGCUUGUCUCACGAGUGCUCAUGAUGUCUGUAAUCUCGACUUCUCAACUCCAAUGGUGCCGACAGAAGCUUGAUAGUAUAGAGAUCAGCCACGGCAGAAUUACAAGGUCACUAUGCACUGGUUCAUCGUUGUUUCCCCCUUCUUGAUUACAUAUCUCUUUGAGACAUUUAAUCAAACACCUGACACCUCUUUGUUCAACCCAGAAAAUCCAUUACUUUAUCCGAAAAGAAUCUGUCUGUUUUUCGAAAGAUUCAUAUGAUUACAGAUACUCUUACCAUGUAUAUGAAACUUGUUUCCCGAUCAAGUACAUGUGAAUAAAUCAAACACCAGUUCAUUGUUGUUUCA